AUGGGUGAACAAAUAAGUGACAAUUUUGGUCAAGAAAGUUUAGACCUUUCGGUAAACGGAAAUAAUGGGUUCAAAUUUUCAAUGGACUCUUUACCCAUUAAGCCACUUUCCCCUUCGUUACCAUUAACUACAACAAAUUUACGUUUUGCAUCACAGGGUGACCUUGGAAAACUUUUUGCUAUACAAGGGAACUUGGACAAUGUUUCUUCGUCUCCUUCAAUAGCUGAUCAACUUGAGCCACAGCCUCAUUUCAUCCUUGAUAGUCCUGAUGAGACAUCAGGUCAUCGAAGGAGAGAUAGCAAUGUCUCUGCAAUGUCCAUACAAUUAUAUGAUGUUAUUGGUUCUGGUCAUCAAAGACGAGACAGUAAUGUUUCAAAUAUGUCAAUGCAAUUAGACACUCCUAGUGAAACAGAAUCUGGUAAUGAGGAUGAAAGUAAAUUAGCUUUUUUCCCUUUCACAUUUUCCCAAAGACCUUUAUCAAUGUCAAUACCUGGAACCCCUACAACGCCCCCAUCUCAUAUUUCGAAUUUUUAUUCAUCUACUACAAGACCAUUAAUGUCUCAUCACCCUCAACGUAUAAGGAGAAUGAGUUUAGAUCUAAAUGUGGACAGUAAUGGAGAUCCAAAAAUUGAAAAACCGUCACCCAUGCACCGUGCGGUCAAGGCAAGGAGGGCCUCUCUGCUGCCAAAGACCAAAUCUUUUCAACGAGUUGUCAAUGAGCUUCAAGAAGAAUUGCAACCAAUUGAAACGGAAAUUAAACAAGAAUAUAAAACUACAAAGGAAUUCCUAAAUAAUUGGAUUAAAUUUCGAGAUAUCCAACCAUCACCUCCUGUUUCAAAAUUAAAUCCCGAGGUUGAUAUGUCGUUUCGACAAGAUACUCCUUCACCAACCUCUUCUGUUGGAGCUUGGUCUAUAAGUGGUAGAAUAAAACGAAAAGCAUCAGAAGAUCGCUUUGAACCCUAUUUCAACCCAAAAAGACGUGCUGUUUCACCAAGUUUGGCUGCAAGUCCACCAAUUGUAUCAAGCGUCCCAUCUCCUCCAAAUGUUGCUAAUUCACCAUCAUUCUCAGGGACAGCUUCAUCUAAUGGAAACUGCUCAACAAGAGGACAAAUAAAGGGUAAUAGUAAUUUGGUUAAUAUGCAAGAUGCAAAUGGAAGUUUUAGUAGAAUGAGCUUAAACGGAGAAUAA